AUGAGUCGAUUCUACCACAGGAUUCAGUCUGAAGAGCAGAACUUCAGAGAACAGAAACAACUGAUCGAAGUCGAGAUUGCAGACACUGUUCUCACCAUCAUCGAGGCCCGAGAGAACGCCAAGAAGGGCUCUGACGAUUCGAUCCGAACUAAACUUGCCAUAUGUGCCGAUGUCUUCAUUUCUCUGAGAGGCGACACCAAUGCGCUCAAGGCUAAGGAUCACUUGAUCAGCCUCAACCGCCUCACUGGAACGGUUACUCAGCCCAAGAAAGACGUUAUUUGGCCGCCUGCAUUCAUUAACAAGGAGUACACAGUCAUCAUGGCUCAGAAGGACACCCACAAGAAGCUCCACGUAAUCUCACGUGACGAUCCUGGUGAUGCGCCCAAUUUCCCGCACGACCAGUCCUCGGCCUUUACGCUUCGUCACUUCUUGUGCUCGCAGAACUUGGCCGAGAACAAGACCAACGCUGCGUGGGCUCUCUACUGCGCUCCCGUUGCCUUCCUGUCGCACGAGGCUCGAGUUGAUUGGCACCGUACAAUUGGCCACAAGAGCCGAUUCUUCGCGACCGUCCCAGAGUUUCUGGCCUACGCCAAGGCCCAACUAACCGGUCAGCGUCCGAAGGAGUUCGCCGCAUGUAUUCUUACUCCUUGGUUCUUUGGUCAGCAAGAGAUCGCCGCCCUGGCCCGUCAGAAGGACCAGGCCAUCCCCACUGCUUGGGAGAAGAGAGCCUUCCGAGCAGGAAUGAUGAUGGUCGUCGUCCGUGAUCAGAAGUUUCGCGGACAUGUGUACUACAAGGUCAUCCUGUUCAAGCCCGCUGCUCCUCAUUACACUCUCGCCCAGGAACCUGCAGCACGGCGUAGUAUUCAGGACCAAUGGAUUGAGGAUCUCAAGAAGAGUACCAAGGAGUGCUUGGGUGCCAUAUCUGGAGACUGGAUCGGAGGUAUCCUCAAGCACCGUGACGAGGGACCUAAGGACCGCAAUGUCAAGCCGGACUCUGUAGAGCUUUCAAGCGCAUUCAUCACAGAGAUCAUUGAGCAGCCCGGAAGCUUGCCUACUCAGCCUUAG